CAUUAUUCCACUACAAAAUAAACAAUGAAUGGAACUGAAGGUAUUGAUUCAAAAGAAUGUGGAGAAUAUGAAGAUGACUUUGAAAAGGAUCUGGAGUGGUUAAUUAAUGAAAAAGAAAAGAGGAGUGACAGCGUAAAUGAGGUGGCUUCUGAUAAGGAAGAAACGAUUAGCCAAGAAUUAAAAGAGAAUGCAGCAGAAAUAGAAUGCACCAAGCAGCUUUCCGAUUCUGAUGAAUUCUUGAAUGAUGAAGGGUCAUCAAGAAAAAAUGACUUCAUUUCUGUACCAAGAAUUCAACCCUUGGAUCCCGUAUCAGAUUCAGAUAGUGAAGGCUCUUUCCAGGAAUCGAGAACUGAAAGCCAGAAAGACCUGGAAGAAGAAGAGGAUGAGGAAGUUCGGCUAUAUAUUAUGGAGAAAAUUAUACAAGCCAACAAACUUCUACAGAAUCAGGAACCUGUGAAUGAUAAAAGGGAGCGAAAACUUAAAUUCAAGGACAAAUUAGUUGAUCUGGAGGUUCCUCCACUGGAAGACACUGAUACUUACAAAAUCUGUUUUGAAAAUGAAAGUAAUAUGUCUGGAAAACUGUCACAGCUAUGCAUUUCCAGUGAAAUUAUACAAGAAAAUGUCCUCCUAUCAUUUGACAAUGAAGCUUGUGAAGAAAACAAGAAUAGGAAGAUACUUAUAGAGAGAGAUGGAAAGUUUGAACUUGUGAAUUUACAAGACAUUGAGAGUCAGGGUUUUUUCCCACCUAUUCAUAAUGCAGAUAACGAACCUCAGCAGGUAUCACCCAGGCCUCCCCACUCACCUAUCAAUGGGGUUAUGAAAGAAGAGCCAAUAGCAAAGAUCCAUGCUGUUGCUCACUCUUCAACAGGAGAGAUUCUGGCCUAUGUCCCUCAGCCGCCAACCAAUCCCAAGACUCGUCCAAAUUCUGCUGUCAAGCCAGAGAGAAGGAAAGGGCGUGGGAAGUCUAAUUACAUGACCCAAUCUACAAGUAUAUCUCCAGUGGCUUCAACCUACUGCCUUUCCUCUCGACAGAAAGAGCUGCAAAAACAGCUCGAACAAAAGAGAGAAAAGCUCAAGCGAGAGGAGGAACAACGGAAAGUAGAAGAAGAGAAAGAAAAGAAAAAGGAGAAUGACAUGGUAUUUAAAGCAUGGUUACAAAAGAAAAGAGGGCAGGUCCUAGAAAUGAGGAGAAUUCAGCGAGCAAAAGAAAUAGAAGAUAUGAACAGUAGACAGGAAAACAGAGAUCCCCAUCAAGCUUUUCGGUUGUGGCUUAAAAAGAAGCAUGAAGAGCAGAUGAAAGAGAGGAAGACAGAAGCGCUAAGAAAGCAAGAAGAAUGCUUAUUCUUCCUUAAAGGAGCAGAGGGCCGGGAAAGAGCUUUUCAACAAUGGCUGAGACGGAAACGCAUAGAGAAACUAGCAGAGCAGCAAGCUGUCAAGGAGAGAAGCAGGCAGCUCCGACUAGAGGCAAGGCGUUCUAAACAGUUACAGAACCAGCUUUAUACUGUGGCAGAAGCCAAAGCUUUUCGUUUUACUGACCAUUAAAACUUAGGCAUCUAUUAAAUACGUCAUUUGGCAGCUGCUGUCCCUCAAAAAUUUUUUAUCAUUUCUUAUGAUCUGUGUUUUUUUUUA